AUGGCGUGGGAACAACUGUCCAUCAACCGGCCGCAUCUGGUCUACAUCAUUCUUGGUGGUUUCACGAGCUUGUUCAUGCUGUGCUCCUCUGUGAUCAAGGAACGGCUGUACAUUGGUGAAGCCACGGUAGCAACCAUUUGCGGAAUCAUCUUUGGGCCACACGCUGCCGAUCUCAUCAAUCCAGCGACUUGGGGCAACACCGAUCAGAUCACGCUCGAGUUCAGCCGCAUUGUGCUGGUUGUGCAAUGUUUCGCCGUCGGUGUUGAGUUGCCCAAGGCAUACAUGGAACGACAUUGGCGAUCCGUCGUCUUCUUGCUUGUCCCAGUCAUGACCUUCGGCUGGCUCAUCACAAGCUUAUUUAUCUGGGGCCUGUUUACACCGCACUUGAAUUGGCUGGAAAGCUUGACCAUUGCUGCUUGUGUCACGGCCACAGACCCCGUCUUGGCUUCUUCAGUGGUGGGAAAGGGCAAGUUCGCCAAGAGAGUGCCCAAGCAUCUUCGCGACAUCUUGUCUGCCGAGUCGGGAUGCAACGACGGCAUGGCGUUUCCUUUCAUCUACCUUGCUCUUUACCUUCUCCACUACCGGCCGGAUGCUAAUGCUGUAGCAUACCACUGGUUCUGCUUCACCAUCCUUUACGAGUGUGUUUUUGGUGCCUUCUACGGAGUCGUGGUUGGAUAUAUCGCACGCCGCCUCAUCAGAUAUGCGCAUGAGAGAGACUUGAUCGACAGAGAAUCGUUUCUGGUGUUUUAUUUCGUGCUGGCCCUGUUCUGUGCUGGUUCUGGAUCGCUGCUUGGAAUGGACGAUUUGCUCGUCGGAUUCGCCUGCGGUGUUGGCUUCAGUAACGAUGGCUGGUUCACUGAGAAGACGGAAGAAUCUCACGUUUCUAACGUUAUAGAUUUGCUGAUCAAUUUGGCCUUCUUCGUUUACUUUGGUACGAUCAUUCCAUGGGAGCAGUACAACUCUGGCAGGCUUGGUCUUGACGUCUGGAAGCUCGUCGUUAUCGCAAUUUUGGUCUUACUCUUCAGGCGAAUACCCAUCAUGAUGGCGCUGAAGCCUGUCAUACCGGACGUCAAAACCUGGCGUGAAGCGCUGUUCGCAGGACACUUUGGACCUAUUGGUGUGGGUGCAAUCUUCGUUGCCAUCCUGGCGAGAGCUGAGCUGGAGACGGACUCAACAACGCCACUGAAGGUUCUACCGCCAGAAAGUACGCCGGAGUACAAUGUCAUCUACCUCAUCUGGCCCAUCACAACGUUCUUGGUGAUCUGCUCGAUUGUAGUCCACGGCUCGUCCAUUGCAGUCUUCACUUUGGGAAAGCAUAUCAAUACCUUGACCCUGACCAUGUCUUACACGCAGGCCAACGACGGCAAUUGGAUGGACCGCCUGCCACGGAUCCAGUCACGAUCCAAGAGCUCGAUGUCAGUGCAGUCUCUCGACGACGAGAAAGUCGAGGGCGGCAUUGUCAAGCCUGGAUAUCCGUUCUUGCGUAGGCAGAGAGAAGAGGACAACCCAAGCCGUGCACAGAGUCGUGCAUCGUCGAGGCAUCGAUCGAAAGGCAGCAAGGGCAGGAACUGGGACUUUGGUAUGGGACCUGGUGGCCCGAUUAGCGAUUCUGCGAUUGCCCCAUCUCGAAGACGGGAAAGCCCGGAACCUGGGAAGAGGGAAAGCGAUUCGGACACUUUGGCCAUGAAGAGCGAGCCACCGUCUGAUGAGAAGACAUCCUCUCCAGAAAAUGAGCGUGAAGACACAGAUCUUGAGAAGACAGCAACUCCUGGUGAAAUCUACGAAGAAGGCAAUGACACAGUCUACGAAGACGAAGAUGGCAACGUUCUCGCGGUGGAAGAUACCCACGGCCUGGGCGCAAACCGUGAGGAAGCUGAACGGCGCGAAGGGAGGCGGCUCAUGCAUGAGCAAGGCGCGGACAAGCACGGUGGAGUCGCACCUACGCAUGAGGACCCCACAACCGAUCCUGGUCACGAGGCAAUGAAGGAAGCUAAGAGCGCCGAAGCCAACGUGAAAGAGGGCUUGCAGCGACCGGGCAAGGGCUGGCGAGAAGGAUGGGGCAAGAUGAGUACCAUGAAGAUGAGUUCCAUGGCUGCCAAUCUGCGUAAGCCGCAGGAGAAGCCCCCGCCAGAGAAGAAGGAAACGCGAGGUCCUGCUCGGGCGUAUCAGUACGGCAACACUAUCAUUGUUGAAGACGAGGAUGGUGAGGUCAUCAAGAAGUACGAUAUCCCAGCUCCAGGCAAGGCCCAAGGUCCAGCGGAUGCCAAGAAGACCAAGCAACGUGUUGGACAAAUGGGUAAGAUGCUGGGCCUUGGGGCUAGGGAAGGCAAGGUUGAGGCAGGUGCUCCAGGACCGGCCAGCGCAAACCAAGAGGCAGAGGGUGCUGAUGAGAAGAAGGCCCAAGGGUCAGAUGAGGAUGAGGACCAUCGCUUGCGCUUCACAAUCAAUACAGGAGGAAGGCGCAUGAGCAAGGCAGAGUUCAUCGAGCAGAUCCGCAACAUGGACCCCAAGUCUCGUGUUGAGGCAGUCGAAGACAGCAACGCCCCCGAAGCCGUGAAGCGAGAAGCACGAAAGGAAGCUCGCGAGCAAGCCCAAGUAGGCCGACCUCGAGGCCAAUCUCUCCAAGUCCCGCAGGUCCCUGUCGUGCAAGAACAACCCGACGCCGAACAAGAGGCCGACACCGAAGGGCAAGCAGAAGUGACGAGAGUCACCAGCAACGACUCCAACAACCUCCGCCUCAUCGACUCCAAUAAUCGCGACAUCCCCUUCCACGACGUCUCCUCCGAACUCCGCCGCUACCAGCUCCGCUCGGAAGAAGGCGAAACCGCCGCGGAGAAACGCCGCCGUCAAGCCCUCCACCAAACCGUCGACGAGGACUCCGAAGACGACGGCACCGAGCGCGUACCACCCUCCCGGCCCCGCGGUCGACGAGGCCUCCCCUCCGCGAUCGCCGGCUCCAGCUCUUCGCCGCACGAACGCAACAUCAGCGACACGACGGGCGAAACCGCCGCGGAACGGAGACGUCGAGAAGGCGCUCUAGGAAUCAGCAAAGAGGAUAGCGACAGUGACGAGGAAGAUGUCGAUCAGCCGAGACAGGUUCCAGCUUCAGGUGCAGGUUCAGGUUCGGGUUCAGCUUCUCAGGGACGGGGGAUUAUUCGUUUCGCGGAGCAGAAACCCAGGCAUAGGGCCGGGAGUUCGGCGGCGCAGCAGCAGGACCAGGGUGGGCAGCAAGCGCAGGCUCAGGCUCAGCAGCCUCGACAGAGGACGUUGAGGUGGGGGAAGAAUGUUGGGCGGUAG